CGUCCGAACCCCACUCCACACCACUCCACCACCAUGGAAAGAACAUCCAACCAGAAACGAACAACGAUCCGGGCCGCAAGGCGCCAGCGAGGCCUCCCCGCGGUGCUGCUGCUCCUGGCGGCGAUGGCGAUGGCGAUCGAAUUCGUGGCCGCGGACAAGGGCGACCCCCCGGGAGGGGAGGGGGUCUGCGAAACCGAAGCGGAAACAAAAACAGGGGCGCGGACCCGGCCCCCGCCCCGGGUCCUUCUCGGAGACACCCUCCGCGACCUGGAGGACCUGGUCUCCUUCGAGGAGGUCCUUCUGUCGAGCGGUGCGAGGACACCGGCGGUUGCGGCGGCGGUCCCGGGGGGGGAGGCCAUCGGCCUGACCUACGUCAGGGACCUGGUGGAACCGGGCCUUUCCUCCCGCCUGGUCGGGGCCUGCGACGCCCGGUCGGGCUGGACGGUCUCCCCGCAGUCGGUCGACGGAUCGGCGACCGUCCGCGAGGCGAGCCGGACCUCCCGGUCCUGCCCCCUCAUCUGGCCGCAGCUCUACCUGCCCCUCCUGGACGACCCGGCCUACGCCUCCCGGCUGGACCCGCUCCGGGAGGAGAUCGGCCUGGCCUGGGGACUCACCCAGCGGUUCGGGGACCUCCUGGGGGUCGGGGAGGAAACCGUCGAGCCCCUCCAGCUGGUCCGGUACCGGCAAGGGGAGUUCUACAAGGAGCACCACGACCACGGGUCCUACUACGGGGCGGACACGGAGCAGCGGCCGUGGACCCUCCUGGUCUACCUCUCGGACGCCCCCGGGGGCGGCGAGCGCGGCGGACAGACCUUCUUUAGGGCCCUCGGGGGGGCCGGCGGCGUGUCGGUGGUCCCGCGGCGGGGGGACGGGGUCCUGUGGAGGAACGAGGACGCGGCCACCGGGGAGCUCCUGGAGGAGGCCGUCCACGAGGCCGUUCCGCCGGAGGGGGGGACCGAAAACGAACACGAACACGAACACGAAAACGCCUCCGUCAAGUACGCCAUGAACGUCUGGAUCGCCAAGAAAAAGAUCAUGGAACACAUGGACGUCUCGGCCUACCGGACCCAGUGAUUCAAUGGCAAGGCGAAGGCAAAACACAAAUACAAACAAUACAAUGAAUACAAUGCAACAGAGCAACAGAGGCACACCGCGAGACACGGGAAAGAUUGGGCCACACCGGGCCACGCGAUCGAGCGAACGAAGCAUUCCGUGCGGCAACCGCAGCGCUCCAAGCGAUGCUUCGCACGGCAAGAACGAGACGAGACGAUUCGAUUCGAAACUGUUUCUCCCCGAGAAAAGAAAAAGGCCGAACGGACGGUUCUUGGCUCGUCCACCGGCAUGCACCGCACUCCAGCCAGUGCAGGGCAAGGGCACUCACCGCCUGCCGUGGAAAUCUCCGGGGAGGCAGCAGCCGCGCGGCGACGAGAAGAGGCGAGACGAGACGAGACCACUCCGUAGAAACCGCACUGCGACGUAUGGCAGCACAGCAACCUACUACAAUACAAUACAAAACAAUAC